AUGGGCAUCAUGGAUGGGAUGGGGACGCUUGUCUCUAUCACCCUGUCAUCAACAAACGACCCUCCCGUUGGGGUUAUCCUAUUUCCUGUUGUCCGUUGGGCUCAGGGACCUUCUUACACUCCUCUUCAAGACACUGAUUGGGAAGACGUAUACGAGCUUGGUGAACACGACAACGAAGAUCUAUUUCACCAUCAGGACAAUUGGACUCCUGAGCUUCGAUCCCUAUUCGGUGAUCCUCCCUAUAUCGAAUUCCCCUCUCUUCACUACCAAACCGCCGACGUCAUCGAGUAUCUCCCCACCAUGUCGGGAAUCGAGAAACUCAACAACUCCAUUCUGAGUGUCUUCGACGGCACCAAUUGGAAUACGUGGUCGGACAACUACAUGAGCAUCUGCAUGCAUCAGGGCACUUGGGGAGUGGUUAAACCCACUCAUAUUACGGUUAACGGCACAUCUACCUCGAACCCUGGUUCUAUGGAGCGUCCUGGAACGGCUGGCGACAGCCAAUAUCAAUGGGACGUUGCCAAUGAAAAGGCACUGGGUCUUGCGCGGGUUUACAUCACCCAGAAUCUGCGCAAGGGAAUCUUUAUGGAUGGUCAGCGGGAGCGCACUGCGCGCGAGGUUUUUGCGAAAAUGGCGACGGAUUAUGGCCAGCCAAAUGCCAUCGAUGCUUUCGUCGAGUACCGCCUCCUGAACACCACCACCUUUCACGGUGGUGAUACCAUUGAAAAACAGAUCAUGGAAAUGGAGACUCGUCGUCGCCAGUGUUCAGAAGGAGGAAUCGAGAUCCCCGACUACCUCUUUGCUACUCUCAUGCUCGCCGCCUUGCCCGCUUCCAGCAGAGGUUUCGUCACCUCUUACCUGGCCAAUCGUCCUAUCGCUUCCUUGAACCCGGUUGAUGUCAAGAACAGCGUCAUAGGGAAUAUCAAAAUCGAGAACCUCGACACGACGUCGAACUCGAAGAUUUCCACCGUUCCGUCCCUUGCCACCCGCUGCACUCAUUGCAACAAGUCCGGUCACGUUGCAGCAUCCUGCUACAAGAAGUAUCCCAACCUCAAGCCUAAUGGUCAAUCAUCUGACAAAGGCAAGGGGAAGCAGGAUGAGGGGAAGAAGAAAAAGAAGAAGGAGAAGAAGAGUGGUGAUGGUACUAGCGCUGUAAAAGAAGUUGUAGCCGCUCCCGCGGUUGCAGCUGCCUCCAAUGGAAUGCACAUUUCGUCCUAUCUCAUGAGUGACUCCCUCAAACACAUCGAUGAUGGAAUUUUUGUUGAAGAAAUGGGAGACGACUCCAAAGUUCGUUUUCUAUGGGACUCGGGUUGUACGCAUCAUAUGACAAACACCCGAUCCGAUCUUCACAACAUCAGACCUAUCGACACCUAUGUAGUCGUUGGGUCGGGAGCUCGCUUCAAGAAUGAAGCCAUUGGAGAUAUUGUGUUGCGGGGUCAUACUAGUAGUGGCAUGGACUACACCUUCACGUUGAAGGAUGUCAUCUACAACCCGCACAUAAGAGGGCGCUAUCUUUCUGGGUAUGCGCUUGAUCAGGCUGAUUACUACACCGUGGUUGGUGACAACAAGGCAAUCCUAGUCACCAAGGAUUGGCUCAACAAGGGAAAAGCGCAUGGGGAUGUCUUGAUGACCUUUAAAGCAAGCAAUCGCUGCUACUGGUACUACCCCGAGGAGCUCGUGGCACCAUCUGUGUCUGCAUCUCACGAGUCUACCGCGCUCGCUUCCCUGGAAACUACCGAUCGUGAAUUGUGGCAUAAGCGUUUUGGUCAUGCGGCUCGGAGGACCCUUUCUCACUUGCCGACACAAGUUGAAGGUGUUCCCCCCUUGCGACGCAAUAAAGACCAGCGCGGCAUGUGCGAUGGAUGUAUGCUUGGAAAACAGCACAAGCAUCCGUACCCUGCAUCAGAGAAACGUGCUAGCAAACCCCUCGAGCUUAUCCACACUGAUUUGAUGGGCCCCUGGCCUACUCAGUUGUUGGAAGGUUCACGCUACACAAUUUCGUUCUACGACGAUUUCUCGAGCUUUGGCAUGAUGGUGUUCAUUAAAUCAAAGGACCAAGCCUCUACUGCGAUUAAAAACUUUGUUGCCCUUACAGAGCGUCAGCUUGGCACAAAAGUACUGGCCUUCCGGUCAGAUCGUGGAGGCGAAUAUAUGUCCGAUGAACUCACAGCCUGGCUCAAUGCACGUGGUAUUAUGCACCCUAAGUCCGCGCCACGCGAACCACAGCAAAAUGGGAGGUCUGAACGUUGGAAUCGCACAGCCUACAAGAAAGCGGAAUGCAUGCGCCUCGAUGCCGGCCUAUCCAAAGGCUUCUGGCAAUGUGCUAUGGAUGCAUCUGUCCACGUUCAUAAUAGACAACCUAUGGCACGAUUGGGAUGGCGAACACCUGCGGAACUGUGGCUUGGAAAGAAGCCAGACGUCUCUUAUUUCCGUGUGUUUGGAUGCAAGGCGUCUCUCUAUGUGGAUGUUGAAAAACGCCCGAAAGGGUUGGAGCAUGGACGCCCCGACCACAUCUUCGUUGGAUACGAACGAGAGACAAAAGCUUGGAAAGUGUGGGAUCCAAAUCAACGCAAGAUACGAAUCUCUUCAAACGUCGAGUUCGAUGAGCGAGUAUUCCCUGCCAAGUCCAAGCUAGUCACCGGCAAUGUGUCCUCUGGACCGGAGCCGUUCACACCAUUCGAGGAAACCUUCCCUGACCUUAUCAAUAAUCCUGCGCCUGCAACACCUUAUGCAAGUGUACCACCCCCUGCUCUUCCACCGCCCCCGGCACCCCUCGCGCAACAAGGUCCUGUCACGGGAUCGCGAGAAGUACCCCUAAUGCCUGGCCCAAUAGACGAUCGCCCGAUUGCACAUCGCCGCCCUCGUCGAAAUAAGCCCCGCAUUUUGCCGGAUGGAACUACGUAUCAGAGGCCUAGCAGCAUUGAGUCCAUGUUGUCAGCUGCCCAAGCUGAGCAUGACUUGCCUCAGAACGUGCGGGACGUAGCAAAGAGCCCGGAUGCACUCAAGUGGGAGCGCGCAAUGCGCGAAGAACUGGACUCUCUCGAGGAAAACUGUACUUGGGAUUUGACCAGCCUUCCACGCGGUGAAAUGCUGAGGGCGUGCUCACAAGUGAAUCUACUAUGA